CAGUUUCCCAUCCCGCCACGCCCCGUGACUGCCGCGCGCCAGAUAAUUUCCGGUGGGGAGUGCGCUGAGUUGCGGAGAGCAGGCUCCUGCGGUGGCGACGCGAUGACCACUCUCCGGGCCUUCACGUGCGACGACCUGUUCCGCUUCAACAACAUUAACUUGGAUCCACUUACAGAAACUUAUGGGAUUCCUUUUUACUUACAGUACCUCGCCCACUGGCCAGAGUACUUCAUUGUUGCAGAGGCCCCUGGUGGAGAGUUAAUGGGUUAUAUCAUGGGCAAAGCAGAAGGCUCGGUGGCGAGGGAAGAGUGGCACGGGCACGUCACAGCUCUGUCUGUUGCCCCGGAAUUCCGACGCCUUGGUCUGGCUGCUAAGCUUAUGGAGUUAUUAGAGGAGAUUUCAGAAAGAAAGGGUGGAUUUUUUGUUGAUCUCUUUGUAAGAGUGUCUAACCAAGUUGCAGUCAACAUGUACAAGCAGUUAGGCUACAGUGUGUACAGGACAGUCAUAGAGUACUAUUCGGCCAGCAACGGGGAGCCCGAUGAGGAUGCUUACGAUAUGAGGAAAGCACUUUCCAGGGACACUGAGAAGAAAUCCAUCAUACCAUUACCUCAUCCUGUGAGGCCGGAAGACAUUGAAUAACCACGAGCAGUGGUUCUUAGGCUGAUGAUGCUCCAGAUAUUUUAUGGACAAUAUUAUUUUCAUUAGAUGAUCCUGGAGCUCUAUUAGGAGAAAAGGGAAUUGUUUAGAUCUUAAAGACUUCAAGAAAAAAACAGGUUAUAAACUUGUCUUGUUUCCUAUUAGCAAUAUCAUACCUUCUAAAGCUGUCCACUGUAAUAAAAUUCAGCCAAAAAAGGCAGCUAGGUCAAAAGGAAACAUUCCACUGUUAUGGUUCAUAAUGUAAUAUUCAUGGUAUGCUAGGGAAAAAGCUUGCUCCAAUCUCCUCCUCAAUUCUGUGCCUGAGAACCACUGCUGCAUAUAUAUUUUUUAUUUUGUAUUGAACUGUUAAUUGAAGCUUUAAAAGCAUAUAUGGAAUGUGUAAAUCUAAGAUGUAUAAUAAAAUGCACUGUUGACUCGA